UUGCUGGAAGUCACCUGGCAGUUCACUGAAACAGUGCUGGUCAUGGCUUUGCAACCGCAACGCGUUCGGCUAAAACCAUGGCUGGUGGCCCAGGUGGAUAGUGGAAUGUACCCUGGUCUCGUCUGGUUGAACAGAGAGGCAAAAAGGUUCCAGAUCCCAUGGAAACAUGCAACAAGACAUAGCCCCCAGCAGGAAGAAGAAAAGACAAUAUUUAAGACUCACCCAUGGGAUCAUCUAGUACAGGCAGCUGCACCCCUGAGCAAACAUGGCCAAAGACUGAGCCUCAGGAGAUGGAAGUGCCCCCAACAUCAGGCCCUGCUGACUUUUUCAGUUCUCCCGAGAUGUGGAUCAGUUCCCUACCAAUGACUGACUUAGAAAUCCAGUUCUAUUAUCGGGGCAAAGAGAUGGGUCAGGCGACUAUAGUCAGUAAUCCUCAAGGCUGCCGACUUUUCUAUGGCGACCUGGGACCAAUGCCCAAUCAGGAAGAGCUGUUUGGACCCAUCACCCUUGAACAAGUUCGCUUCCCUGGGACAGAACAAAUUGUAAAUGAAAAACAGAAGCUCUUUACUAGUCGUCUUCUUGAUGUCAUGGACAGGGGUCUGAUAUUAGAAGUCAGUGGGCAUGCCAUAUAUGCAAUCAGACUGUGCCAGUGUAAAGUCUACUGGAGUGGGCCCUGCUCACCAUCUCCGACUACCCCAAACCUUAUUGAAAGGCAGAAGAGAGUUAAACUUUUCUGUCUGGAGACUUUCCUUAGUGAACUUAUUUGUCAUCAGAGGGGGGCUCCUACAAAGCAGCCACCAUGUGAAAUCUACUUAUGCUUCGGAGAGGAGUGGCCAGAUGACAAAUCCAGAGAAAGAAAGCUCAUCAUUGUUCAGAUAAUACCAGUUGUAGCACGUAUGAUACUUGAGAUGUUUAGUGGGGACAGCAUCCGUUCCUUUGACAGUGGAAGAAUCCGUUUGCAAAUCUCUGUCCCUGACAUCAAAGACAACAUUGUUGCUCAUCUGAAACAACUGUAUCGCCUUCUUCAGAACUACCAAGGGCCAGAUGCUUGGCCUCUCAUGCAGCCCCAAAACAUGCACCUGGCUGAGACACUUCAAACCCAGUGAGGACUGGUUCCUCACAAAACUCUUGUCUUUUUAAAGAAGCACAAACUACUGUCCCCCUGGGGGACCUUUUACUAUAUUAUAGUGUAGAAGAAGGACCCCCCCCCCAGUAAUAUGGAAGCUUUAAUGCAUUAACAUCCUAGGUCCAAUCAAUUGUAUACCCCUUGCACAUACCUGACAUGUUGUUUUAGAGUCAUUGUAGCUUUAAAAACAGGGAAUAUUACUGGUUUUACAAUCAGGCUUAUGACAGGUGUUCCACAGGGGAGCCUGCAGCUGCCCCAUUUGUGAACGUAUAGGUUAGAAUGGGACACGUGGGACAGAAAAGCACAGCCCUGUUUGAAAAGAGACAAGUGGAUUUUAUUCAUUUUUGUCACUACACAUACAGGUUAGCACGGGGUUUUAUCUUCUUUUAUUUUUCCAGAAGCUGAAGAAAAUGCUUCA